UAGUAAACUUGACCAAAGAAUAUAAUGUUGCACCUAAACCAACUAGUACUUGCAAUCAAGUCCCUUACCUACAAUUCAACAUUGCCAUUAAACAAAUGACAGAAUAAACUAAUGUUAACGUAUAAAGUCUUGCAAAUGUAAAAGUAUCCUUGUCUAAACUAAGGUUAACAUAUUUGGAUCAAGUGAGAAAACCAUCUACGCUCUACACUUGAGAGGUCUCUAGGUUCGAUUCUCCUCACUCUCACUAAAAGAAAAAGAAAAAAAAAAUCAUCUACCCUAUAUCUAAAGUCAUGUGUACCGUUUUCCCUCCGGGCCUUGCUCGUUAUCGCUUAUAUCAAAAUAAAAAAGGGCAAGCUAAUGUUAAUGUAGUAUUAAUGCCCUAAUAAACGACUCGCUAGAUCAGCAUCAAUCGUCAUGUUUACGUGAACUCACCAAGCCUUGCAUCAAAAGUAAGACAACAUAACAUAAAAGAGGAACGAGCCAGCAACUCAUUUGUCACCUCUAGCUAUCUCCUUCCAGUGAAAGCAUAGCAAACUCGGACGAUGCCAGAAGAAGAUGAAAGCUCCGAGAUCGUCAUCUUUCUCAGGAAAGAACUCGAAGCCUCUCUCGAAAAGAACGGCUCGUUGGAGAAAGAAAACCAUGAAUUGAAGCAAGAAGUUGGUCGUCUUAAAGCACAAAUAACUUCCCUCAAAGCACACAACAAUGAGAGGAAAUCUGUGCUCUGGAAGAAGUUUCAAAGCACAUUGGAGCAGAGUGCAUUGGAGCAGAGUCCAGCGAAAGAGAGACCGAAUCCGAAAGUAGACUUCACGGAAUCUCAAGCCAUAAAGGAAAGACCGGCAACAAGAUUAUUACCAACCGAUGCACCACCACCAACACCAAGGCCUCCUCCUCCUCCUCCUGCUUUGUUCAAGGAGGUAAAGGAAAAUAAAGGGCCUUCAGCACCAGCACCGCCGCCUCCUCCUCCGCCCUCAAAAUCAUUAAUCGGGUCAAGAGGAGUGCGACGUGUGCCAGAAGUAAUUGAGCUGUACCGUUCACUUACAAGGAAAGAUGCACACAUGGAGAACAAAGCCAACCCUGCAGGAGUUCAUGCUUUUGCACUUACUAAGAACAUGAUCGGAGAAAUUGAAAACCGUUCAUCUUAUGUUUUAGCUAUAAAGUCGGAGGUCGAAACGCAAGGAGAGUUCAUAAAUUUCUUGAUCAGUGAGGUGGAGUCUGCAAAAUUUACAAACAUCGCAGACGUGGAAGCAUUUGUAAAUUGGCUGGAUCGGCAGCUAUCUUCUUUAGUGGAUGAAAGAGCAGUGCUGAAGCACUUCCCGCAGUGGCCGGAACGAAAAGCAGACACGCUGCGAGAAGCCGCUUUCAGCUACAGAGACCUGAGGAAUCUGAAAAAUGAAGCCUCAUCAUUCGAGGACAACAUGAAGGAGCCAUCAGUCCUUGCUCUGAGAAGAAUGGAAGCAUUACAAGACAGGUUGGAAAGAAGUGUGAGCAGCACAGAAAGAACAAGGGAGAGUGCCAGCAAGAGGUACAAGGAUUUUCAGAUCCCAUGGGAAUGGAUGCUGGACACAGGCCUGAUGGGUCAGAUGAAACUGAGCUCACUGAAGCUAGCCAAGGAGUAUAUGAAGAGAAUUACCAGAGAAGUGCAGUCUAGUGAAUGCUCAAGAGAAGAAAAUCUCCUGCUUCAAGGAGUCCGAUUCGCUUUCCGGGUACACCAGGUGGUUUUGAUUCGGAGACGGUACUUGCAUUUGAGGAACUAAAGAAGAUAGGCGCGAAUAGUAGAAGAAAUGGCACGAUUUAGCUCACUCUAUACGUACAUGAACCCAGAAAUUGAUCGAUGGGGGUGUCAGCAGAUUAGUUGUAGCAGAAAAUGUGUUUGUAAAAUGUCCAACAUAUAAUGUGUUUGAAGAUAUUAUACUGGUAAAACUACAAGAUUAAUUUAAUUUGAAUUGGGUGC